AAUGCCAAACAAUAAGCAUUAUUUUGAGAUAAUUGCUUUAAUACUUUACAUAACAAUAGUAAAAAAACUUAUUUUGGACUAAUUCAUUUAAAAACAAUACCCAAACAACCAAAAACACGCAAAUAUUUUUGUUUGUGUGGUAGCUCAUCCCGAAGGAUAAAGGUUUGAAAAUAACCUUGUCGAUAUGUCAAGGUCACACAAAGCCAUGUAAACAAAAUUUGUUUAGUCGCGAGUAUAAAUGUAUUUACAUAUGUCUGUGUGUGUGCAUGACUGAACAAACAUGUUUACUAAUAUCCUGCCUCACACCCUCUUUCAACACUACAUAACACUUUUUUAUGCCUAUAAAAGCCGCACGUGCUUCGGUAGAGCAGCAUUACACAACAAGCACUCGAGCAGAGCAAACGUGUUAUAGAAAAUUAUAAAAAUAAAUAAUAAUAUUCAAAGCGACUGAUUUUUUUAAAUUUAUAAUGUCCCAACGUAAAGUUUUAAAAGUUUCUUACCACGGAAAACGUCAGUUAAUCCGUUAUAAGCUGGGCAGCACUUAUGAUGAAAUUCUUAAGACGAUAAUGCAACACUUCCAGAUUCCAUACAAACGCAAAUCAGCAACAUCUCUCAAGCUUACCAACGAAGCCGGAAAAGUAUUUAGUAAACGUCACCUUAAAAACUAUCUCUUAUUGUUUCCGAGCCCCAAAAUUACAUUCCAUUUACAAAGUAACCAACAAACGACAGUAAGUUCGGGAAAGAACCUGAGAAUACUGCCACGAAGCAAUAAUGCAAUUAACACUGUAACCACAAAGCAGCAAAAGAGCCGAAAACGUCAACGAGAAAGCGAUUACGAAUACGAUCCGACCUACCCAACGACACCUGUAUUUCGCAUGAACUGUUUUAUAGGCGUAUAUCCCAGCGAAUGUUCACCGCCGCCUACAAAACGUGUCCGUUUCAGCGAAUCUUCAAACAGCAUCAGAAUUAUACCUGCGCGGUCCGAAACAAAGGAGAUUGUAGAAGGUGCAUUGCGGCGGACGAGUUCUUUUAUGGGUGAAUAUCCGCAAAUGGCUACACAAACAAAACUAACGGCGGAGCAUUUAAAUUAAUAGGAGGUUAUAAACAACGGAAGUUGUAGCGGCAUUAAUUCGUCCAUUUCCAUAUCAAGCUUUUGAGUUAAGAUUCUUUAUUUAAGAAGCCGGAUAGCUUAACGGGGCUGUACGUCUGGCCAUGUCCUACUAGACAUUCGCUAAAAGCGAAAAAGUAUUCAUAGAAGUAUUGUACUCGUAUCUAAGACUGCAUUUGUAUUAUUAAUGGAUUUUAAUUAGUUAAUUAAUAUGGAAAUCAUAUUUACGAUAUUAGAUUAAGUUAGUUCAUACAUUUUCAAAAAUUAAGCAAAAUUUUUACUAAUUUAAAUUUUUUUAAUUUAAAUAAUGUUUUUGACACAUUAAAAAAUUGGGAGAAAAGCAUUUUAUUAGAAUAACUACAUACAUAUGUAGUUGUCCUUUUAAUAUAAUAUUAUUUAUUAUACUAUAAACUAAAUGCAAUAAAAUUGAUCAAUGUUUUGAAAAUUUUCACAGAACCCUACCAGAUAUCUUGUCAGGUAACUCCAUACAUGUUGUAACUAAGGAUUAAAAUUUAUUCAACAAUAAUAGUUUAGGUACAUGCAGUGGAAUACCUGCAGGACAGGGAAUAAAGA